AGAGGGAGAGAGACAUACACACACACACACACACACACACUCACACAGACUGAGGUAGUUGUUUUGCGAUGAGCAGGUGUCCUCCUGUCUCACAAACCCUCAGCACUGCUCCUGCUUAUCUUGAUCAAACUGUGGACUUCCAAGCGGAGGGAAGGAGGGAAAGAAGGAGGACAGGAGAAAGACUAUCCACUCCAAGGAGGAGGAGAGGAAGAAUGGGAUAGAGACAGAGCGAGAGAUCAACAAUCUCACAGUUCAGAACAUGGACUGAGGCUAGAAAGAGAGGAACAGAAAAAAGGGAAAGAUACAGAGAGAGAUGUGGCCAAGCAUGGGGAUAGACAGACAGACUAGAGGACUGGCUCUGCGCCUGUGUCUUCUCCUCACCACUCUGUGUGUCUGUGUUCACGUUUACCUGGAGCUUGGGAGGAGGAGGGGGGCUCCUUCGCCCCUCAUUUUAGGAUGUCCCACACAGACCAGCCAGGUGCUACCAGACAAGAGGGCGAGGACACAGGGGGCAAAGGACCCCAUGGAGCCCAAUGUUGGGGCUGAGGACAGAGCCGUGAAGAGAAGGGUGUCCUAUGUACGCACGCUGCAGAAUGACUCUGUAGCAGGGAAGACAGGGGGAAGGCACAACCCCUCCACAUGCUGCCCACCUUUGCGCCCUAAAAGAAAGUCUCCCAGGUGGCAUAUAGAGCUGGAGCCAUGGGCCAGUGACAGCCACUCCCUGGAGGAGGAAGCUAGGAGGUUCCUUCACUACAUCACUACACCACAGGUGUCUUGUGCCCCCCUUCCCCAGAGGACCCCUUGGUACUAGGGGGUCAGGAAGGGCCAAAGGGGCCCUGGGCAG